GCAAGGAGGAGCUCAUGCAGCUGGUUGAUCUGCCACUUGAACAGCAUCGGCAGUUUAAUGUUCUACCGCCUGCAGAAGGUAGUAACAUCAACAAACUGCGAGUCGCGGAGGACGCGUAGGCAGAUCAAAGUGCUCCAGGCCCUCGACUUGGCCAAGACCCAGUGGUACCACUUCACCGCGGUCGUGAUCACCGGCAUGGGCUUCUUCACAGAUGCCUACGACCUCUUCUGCAUCUCCCUCGUCACCGACCUCCUUGGCCGGAUUUACUACCACGAUACGGUGGUCUCUGGAAACAAGAAGCCUUGCUCCCUCCCGUGCAACGUGGCCGCUGCCGUCAAAGGCAUCGCACUUUGUGGCACCAUGUUCGGGCAGCUUUUCUUUGGCAUGCUUGGUGAUAACAUGGGCAGGAAGCGCAUAUAUGGCGUGACCCUUAUACUCAUGUUUGUCUGCUCAAUCGCAUCGGGCCUCUCCUUCCACCACACCCCUAGGACGGUCAUAACAACAUUGUGCUUCUUCCGGUUCUGGCUGGGCUUUAGCAUUGGUGGUGACUACCCGCUAUCAGCGGCCAUCAUGUCCGAGUACGCCAACAAGAAGACCCGUGGCGCUUUCAUGGCCGCUGUCUUUGCCAUGCAGGGUUUGGGAAAUCUUGCUGCUGGUAUCGUUGUAUUGAUGGUUUCAACAGGCUUCAUGAACACAAGAGCUGACAAGAAAGAGAUGCUUGAGCAGGCUGACUAUGUCUGGCGCAUUGUCCUAAUGUUUGGCGCCAUUCCAGCUCUGCUGACAUUCUACUGGCGCAUGAGAAUGCCAGAGACAGCACGCUACACCGCUCUCGUUGCCAAGAACCUAAAGAAAGCGGUCUCAGAUAUGAACAUUAUACUUGACAUUGAAAUUACCGACCUCACGGAGGAAGAAGAUGCAAACAUCCUCGCCAAACAAGAUAACUUCGGUCUUUUGUCAUCUAUGUUCUUGUGUCGCCAUGGAUGGCACCUCCUUAGUUCCACGGUUUGCUGGUUCAUGCUUGAUGUGGUCUUCUACUCAUUGAACCUUUUUAUGAUUGAAAUCUUCACUACCGGCACCAACUGGUUCGGCGAUGCAAGUAAGGAGGGCAUACUAGAGCAAACAAACAAAGCUGCCAAGACACAAGCGAUUAUUGCAGUCAGCGGUACACUUCCAGGUUACUUCUUCACUGUCAUGUUCAUCGAUUCGAUAGGCCGUGUCAGGAUCCAGUUGAUGGGUUUCUCCAUGAUGACCAUCUUUAUACUAGGCUUAGCAGGCACGUACGAUGUUUGGAAAAAAACUGAAAGUUUGCCCGUCGGAUUUGCUGUCAUGUAUGGAUUUAUCUUCUUCUUCGCAAAUUUUGGUCCAAACUCGACCACCUUCAUAGUGCCGACUGAGAUCUUCCCAACGCGACUGCGGUCCACGUGCCAUGGCAUCUCUGGUGCAGGAGGGAAGGCUGGAGCAAUCGUUGGGGUAGUUUUGUUCCUAUAUGCUGGGUGGAGCAUCCCACGGAAACUGCUGGUCCUUGCUAGUUGCAAUCUAGUUGGCAUUAUAUUCACUCUUUUCUUGCCCGAGUCCAAAGGGAUGUCCCUCGAGGAAAUCGCUGGGGACAUACUGGAAGAUGUUGACUGUCAGUCUGAGCACUGA